AAAAAAGUGUGUCCACACGGAAAACAAUGCGCCAUUCAAGAAUUGGUCUGGCCGAGAAAAAUGUCAUUUCCGGUCUGUGUGUUCGAACAGGAUAACCUCGUAAAAUCUAAAAUCUGCGAGUUACCCCCAGCUCCAGGGCACUGCAGGGCGCAAUUUCGCCGAUGGUACUUCAACUUAAACUCCCGAAAAUGUUCCUGGUUUACCUUUGGCGGAUGCAAGGGAAACUUAAACAAUUUUCGUUCAGAGGAAGCGUGCGUUAGCGCUUGUCUGGGAGGAAAGAAAGAAGUAGCGACAGCGUCAUCUCCGUUCGUCAUAAACGUGACCCCGAACCAACCCGAGUUGAUCAGACAACCGGAACUGCUUCCUGCGCCUGCGCCAGUCCCAUUACGAAUUGGACCGGAUACGGAACUCUCUGCCCUGAAUCUUAAAGACAUAGACGAACUAGAGUCUUCGGGAAUGAAGGAAUUUAAACUGAAACGAAAACGAGGUAAAGGGCGUGGCCGGAAACAUCACCGAUGCACCACGCGGAAAUGCAGAAACAAGAGCAGAAGAAGAAAGAAUCGAGUGAAGAAACCGAGGGCUGAACUGAGAAUGAAGAAAACCUCUUAUCGGCUGAAACCAGACAAAGUACAGAACGACCAGGGAAAUAUUGCGAUUAGAAUCAAACACAAAAAGAACAGGCACAAGAACCGGAGGAGAGGGAGGAAGCAUAAUUCUGUGGGGAAAGGGUCUUACUACGACAACAUCAGACUUUUCACUCUUUUGCACCACCGUCCCUUCUCACCCUGAACGUUCAAAGGUACAUAACUCUUGCCAGUCUAGACUGACCAACUUGCGCACUGAGACAAUAUUUGAAAGAAAAAGAAAAAAAAAAGGGAAAGAAAGAAAGUGAAGGUCACAUGACAUGAUUGUUAUGAUACACAACUUUGUGUCGUGAGUUUGAAUAUGGCUCAGGGAUGAUAUGGGUUUGUUUUUUGUUUUUUUAAGUAACCGGGUGUUAGUUUUGAUUGGUCUAACGCUGACCCAUCUUCAGCGAAACUGGUGCAUGUUUUGCAGAUGUGUUUUUUUCACUGGUACUUGGGAUAUGACGCGAUUUUUGGAUCAGGAAGACAAAUUAAUGGGGAAAACAACAAACAACAGUUUACAUACGGAAUCAUGUUGGUGCGAGGCGUAAAUAUAUUUUAAUUAUUACUGAAUUACCUGGUGACAGGCACUGAAUUAUCAAUUCCUCAUGUUAACUGAUGACCGCCAGAUAAUUUAAAUGGCGGCUGUCAGAUAAUUUAAACGGCGACUGUCAGAUAAUUUAAACGGCAACUGUCAAAUAAUUUAAUUUAACGGCGACUGUCAGAUAAUUUAAAUGACGACUGUCAGAUAAUUUAAAAGGUCGGCUGUCAGAUAAUUUAAAUGACGACUGUCAGAUAAUUUAAAUGGCGGCUGUCAGAUAAUUUAAUUGACGGCUGUCAGAUAAUUUAAAUAACGGCUAUCAGAUAAUUUAAAUGGCGACUGUCAGAUAAUUUAAAUGGCGGUUGUCAGAUAAUUUAAAUGGCGGCUGUCAGAUAACUAAAUGGCGGCUGUGGAAAUGUAUAUUCACGAGUGGCACCAACAACAUUCCGUAUUUACCAGAAAGCAAAACGGUAUAUGAUACACCUGGUCACAUUGUACCUAAUAUAUAACAGAAACAUAUACGCAGUGUUGGCCGAAAUGCUUAAAAUAUUAAAAUUACAACUUAAGUUUAUAUGAACAAAACAAUGCAGGGAAAUAUUACAGAAGCUAAAGUCAUUAAUUAAUAAAUAGAUAGCAAGAAAGCAUAACAAUUUGAAAAAUAAUGAAGAUAUUUUUAAAUUUUGGUUUCUGUUUAGUAAAACACAAUGGAACUAACCUCUUUUAAGACGGUUAGCCGUUUAAAUGGAGACCAGUCUGUACUGUGUUGACUUGGAUGUUUUGAAAAAUAUAAAAAUAUUCUCUUAAGAAUUGACACCAUUAGACAGCGGUGGACGUUUAAGAAGGUUUAGUUGUAACAUCUAGACCGACACAAAAGAAUAGUUACUUCCAAAUAGGUUCUACUUCAUACCAGGCCCGUAGGAGUCAGGAGGAGGGUGCCAGGAAGGGGGGGGGGGGGGGGGUUAUAUAAAUAUCUAUAACAUAAUCACACUUAUUACCACAAGGUUAAACAUAACUUGGUACAUAUCACAGUAAUACGCCCCACUACGACGCCAAGUGGAUGUAACACGUCGUUGAGUCAUCGAUUGGCGCACAACAUCCUUACAGGAACGUCGACCAAACGAGUUAAGUGAUAUAAAUUAAGAUCGAUUAUGGGUAAUAAAUGGGAUAUCAAACGAGCUUCAAUUUCGUAUUGUGUUUAUGUCCCUCGUGAAAUAAUUUUUUUUAAUUGUUAUUCGCUACAGCUCGUUACAGCUGUACAUUAUUUCACUCGGGUCAUAAACAUGAUACGAAAUGGAAGCUCGGGUCAUAAACAUGGUAGGAAAUGGAAGCUCGGGUCAUAAACAUGAUACGAAAUGGAAGCUCGGGUUAUAAACAUGGUACGAAAUGGAAGCUCGGGUCAUAAACAUGAUACGAAAUGGAAGCUCGUUUAAUAUCCUAUAAUUAUGAUUGAGAUACCAUGGUAUUCUACUUGUACAUUUUAGACCUCUGGAUUUCUUGAAAUAUCUUUGAACAUCUCAAGUUUCAGGGGUGAGUAAAUUAACAUUUUGCAUUUAUUGGACAUGGAAUUGUCUGUGUAACCAUAGCAGCAUGGCGAAUCACAGUCCAAUGAUACGUACGUGUACGAAGUAACAAAACUUUUUCUUUGAAAAGUAGGUGAAAUGGAGUGCGUGUUGUUGUGGGUGUUGUUUUUAAGGGUGUAUGUGUGUGGGUUGAAGGGUACGCCAAAUAAUGUUUGAUCCCUUUCCACCAACGUCCCUACAGGCCUGUGUACUGAAAGGAAAAGUAACCUCGCUGAUUAUUGUACAUAUAUUUAGUUUUAUUAGAUAUUAAUCUACUAGUAGAGUUGCCCAGUCAUGGGCCACCCCUUCUUGUUGCUGUACUGUACAUGUGUUAAUAUAAAACUAUGUUACUUGAACAAUAUUUAGUUUAAACGGCAGCCCACCAAUUAUUUAAUCAUUGUUUUAUAUUGUGUUAAUGUUAGUAUAUUUAUUUUGUCCAUAAGUCGUUUGUAAAUAAUGUUAUGUUGAGAUUAAAAGACACGUUUUGUGAAACCUAUUUCUAGGAAGUUUACUCCCGAAAACAGCUUUAGGUAUAAAAAGUGGUGUGUUUCCGGUAUGUCUUCCCUCCCAUCCACACCAAAACCUUUCCUGUCCUGGACGGAGGAGCCGGCAUGGCCCGACACCUACGCCCAUGACAGGCGUGCGCUACAACAGCUUGCUCUGCAUGUCCGCCUCAAGCCCUACGACCUGACCUAACCUGACUUGACCUGACCUGGCAUGACUUGUUCUGGGUAGGUCGGCUUUUUCUACAUAUAUUUUGAAACCCAUUUCAAAUCUUAGAUAUUUGUUCGGUCUUACGAAAUAUAUUACUGUAAAGUUGUGUUGUAAUAAUAAAAUCACAACACACACACAGAGAGAGAACAGACACACACACACACACACACACACACACACACACACACACACAACACACACACACAACAC